UUAAGACGGUAGGUUGGCAUAACACAAGAAAGAUCCUGCCAAAGUGCCAACUAUUACGAAGCUGUCAGAUCCUUCCUAGCAGUAUACUCUUGAGUGCUUUGAGUUGUUUAUUCUUUAGAUGGGUUAGGUUUUGUUUAACUUUAUUAAGUGUUUUACCACAUUCUCAACUUAUUAUAGUACUUAAUUUUCUUUAAAGACAAUAAUAAUCAAUCAAACUCCACCGAAACAUCACAGACAACAGCGAGCGUAAAUAUUCUGAUCUCACAAACCCAAAAUAAAACAAACACAAACACAAGCAGUUUUAGCAGUUCUCCAUCAGAAGCAAAGGCAAACCCUUUAGACUUUAGUAGUCUCGUCGUGUGAGUUGAAGAUGCACGCCAAGACAGAUUCCGAGGUGACGAGUCUAGCGGCAUCAUCACCAAACAGAUCACCACCAAGACGACCAGUGUACUACGUGCAGAGUCCAUCAAGAGACUCGCACGAUGGUGAGAAGACAACAACAUCGUUUCAUUCAACACCAGUGUUAAGUCCUAUGGGUUCUCCACCUCAUUCUCACUCAUCUCUUGGGAGACACUCGAGAGAAUCUUCAUCUACUCGUUUUUCAGGGUCUCGCAAGAUCUCACCUAACGAUGCUGCCAAAAAAGCCGCACAUAAUAAGAAACAACAACAACAACAAUCACCAUGGAAGGAAUGUGAUGUUAUUGAAGAAGAAGGACUUAUUGAAGAUGAAGAAAGUCACAAACCUCUUCCUCGUCGUUGCUAUGUUCUUGCUUUUAUAUUCGGUUUUUUACUUCUUUUCUCUUUCUUUUCUUUGAUUCUUUGGGGUGCUGCAAGACCUCAGAAACCCAAGAUCACUAUCAAGAGUAUUAAAUUCGAUAGAUUCAUGGUAUCAGCUGGAUCAGAUCAUACAGGAGUAGCAACAGAAAUGGCAUCAGUAAAUUCAACACUCAAGUUUCUGUAUCGCAACACAGCUACAUUUUUUGGAGUUCAUGUUACUUCUACUCCUUUAGAUCUAUCUUACUCCCAGAUUGUUGUCGCCACUGGAAAUCUGAAGAAAUUCUAUCAAUCGAGAAAGAGUCAGAAAACAGUGAAUGUGCAGAUAUAUGGAGAUAAAAUUCCACUAUAUGGAAGUGGGCAGAGUUUAGUGGGUACUUCAACGGGUGUACCAACGGCAGCAGUAAAUAUGUCACUAAGCUUCACAGUUCGAUCUAGAGCUUAUGUUUUGGGGAGAUUAGUUAAACCUAAAUUCUAUAGAUUCAUUGAUUGUUCAGUUGUUUAUGAUCCUAAGAAGCCCAAUUCUGCCAUCUCUCUUAAGAAAGCGUGCACAUAUCAAUAAGCAAUUCCAUCCCCAGUUUCAGAUUUUGCAAAAACAUCAAAAGACAGACUGGUAAUACAGAUGUGGUUUUAGUCGGUGGUUCUGUACUCUGUAGUUGGAAAGUACUGGCACGCGUCGGUGAUAACUGGUGGAUCUGUGAGGAUUUUUUUAUUACUUAUUUUAGGUGUAUUGAAAGUUUAUGUAUCGUAAUUUUUAGUGUAUUUUUUUUUUUUUUAAUAUAUACUACUGCUACUAUAUAAUUUGUACUAUUUAUUAAUUAAUUAAUUUGUGCUGUAAAGCAAUAA